CCUCACCUGCCUCGGCAAUGCCUGCACACUGGCAGCUCCACAUCCACCCGUAAACUUCACUUCUUUAACGGAUCUUUUAUUACCCUGAAGAAGACAAAGAAGAAGAAGAAGUGGCCAGCCAUGGAAUAAUAGGACAUUUACUAUCACUUUUGGGCCAAAACCAAAAGGAUUCUAACUGAAAUAGUGGAUACGUCAACAUGGCUGACGGGGCCAAAACCGCGUCGGCCUCCGGGUCCGAUGGAUCCCCAGCUGGCUCUGUGAAAUCCAAAGUGUGGGUUGUACUGAACAAGCUGCGAGUGUCUGUGGAGCUGCUCAUCGCGCUGGCUGCUCUCUUGUCCUGGCUGGUGGUGGGCGUGGUGAUGUUUGACUUCGUGGAGUACAAGGCAGUACCUGACAUUCAGCACAUCAUGUCAGACCCAGUCCAAGCCAUGCACGACGCCGUGGAGGAGGUGUCCAGUCUGGUCAACAAGUUCCAAGAAUGCGCCCCCGACCUAAGUGACCCCAUGUCUGCAGCUGCCUAUGCAGUGGAAGAAAUAGCAGAGGCAAAAGAUGGAUUUGUGCAAUAUUUAUCAGAUGAAGAGGGAAACUUCUACCUGAGCUAUGUAGACCCUGUGGUCUUUGGCAGAAGACUUUUCCAUUCAACUGACGACUGUGUGUGCGGAGUGGUGGCAUCCAUCAGGGACACACUGUGUGCUGCUGUGGACGCUACGUUGGACACUAUAUCCUACAUAAACACGGGACGAAUAGACUUGAGCUUCAUGGAUCCAGUGCUGAUAGGCCGAGAUGUCUUCUCCCACAUCAAUGACUUCAUGUGUGGCCUGAUGACCUCCAUCCAGCAGUUCCUCUGCCGUAUCUUGGACUCACUUCUAGAUCUCAUUAAAGGAAUUGUUGACAUCAAUGUUUUGGACCCUGUGGCGUUUGGUAGGAACGUCAUCAGCAUUACAAACGACACCGUCACUAAACUAACAGGCAGCAUGCAGGAAAUGAUGGACGUCUGCAUAGACAACAUUAAGAAUACUGUCAAAGGAACUACCGACUUGAGCUUCAUUGACCCGGUGGCGAUUGGCAGGAAAGUCUUCAAUGUCAUUAACAGGCUUGUGAGCGGAACGGCAGCACAUCUUCAGGAUGUGUUGUGUUCCAUUGUGGAUGUUACGCUGGACACAAUUAAAGACAUCCAGGAAGUUGUCGUGUUCAGUCCCUCUGCGGCGCUAAAGAGGACCGGCGAUAUCAUCGCAGAACAGUACCACAUGCUGGUCGACGCCAUCUCUGCCUCGCUCAUAGGCGAACAAGGAAUCUUGCCCGAUGUGACCUUUGACCCGAUGAAAGUGAUGGAAGACGCCAUGCUGGAGCUGACGGACAAGAAGGACUUGUUUGUGGCAUAUAUGUCCAGCAUGAUUGUGGGGGAUCAAGGAGAAUCACUUGCUACCCCAGCUGUAAAUGUCAUCCCUGAAAAAGAUGAAAGUGUAGCAUCCCACUCUGACAGACACAUGGUGAGACGCAAAGGUGAAUUUCUGCCGCCGUAUGUAAAAGUUGCAGACAUGAUGAUCGCCGCUAAAGACACAGAGGAAGCAUCACAGGAGGCUUCAGCAUCACCGGGAGAGGACAAAGAGGAGGAGGAAACAGGGAAGGAUGAAGAUGAGGAGGACACAGAGGGUGUUGACGUAGAAAAGGAAGGAACAGAGGAGGAGAUGGGUGAAGAAACAGAUAAAGAAGUUGUGGUGAAAGAGGAGGAGACCAAAGAUGCUCAAGUCAGAUUAGUGGAGGAGGAGGAGCCCAGAGAUGAAGAGGAAGAUGAGGAGGAGGAAGAAGAGGAGACAACACAAAUAGAUGAGGAGGAGGCAGAGAAAAAUGUAAAUGAUGAGGAGGAGGAGGAAGAGAAAAAAGAGGAGACAACAUUAGAUGAGGAGGAGGAGGAGGAGCCGGACACAACCGAGGAUGAUGAGGAGGCAAAGACAAUAAAAGGUGAGGAGGAAGAGGAGGACACAACACUAGAGGAGGAGGAAGAAGACGAGGAGACUACAACUGAAGACGACAAUGAGGAGGAAGAGGAGGAGACAACAUUAGAUGAGGAGGAGGAGGAAGUUGUGGAGACAGCAACAUUAGUUGUGGAGGCGGAGACAGCCGAGGAGGAAGAGGAGACCGUAACAGGAGAUGAAGAUGAAGAGGAGGAGGAGACAACAACAGAUGAGGAGGAAGAGGAAGGGGACACAAUACUUGAUGAGGCGGAGGAGGAGGAGGAAAAUGAGGAGACCACAACUGAAGAUGACAAUGAGGAGGAAGAGGAGGACACAACACCCGAAGAUGACGAUGAAGAGGAAGAAGAGGAGACAACAGGAGUAGAUAAUGAGGUGGAGAUCACAACUGAAAAUGAGGAGAAGGAGGACGCUAAGACAACAACGGUAGAUGAGGAGGAGGAGGAGACCGAGACAACACCCGUAGAUGAGAAGGAGGAAGCUGAGGACACAAUAACAGUGGAUGAAGAUGAGGAGGAGAAAGAGGAGGAGACUACAACACAAGAUGAGGAGGAGGAGGAUGAAGAAGAGACAACUUUAGAUGAUGGUAUGGAGCAGGAGGAAGAGGAAGAGGAGGCGACACCAACAACAGCAGAUGAGGGAGACGAACAGGAGGAGAGCACAACAGUAGAUGAAGAUGAGGAGGAGGAAAUCACAACUGAAGAUGAUGAGAAGGAGGAGGAGGAGACAUUAACAGCAGAUGAAGAUGAGGAGUGCACAAUAAUAUCAGAUGACGAAGAUGAGGAGGAGGAGGAGACAUUAACAGCAGAUGAAGAUGGGGAGUCCACAAUAAUAUCAGAUGACGAAGAUGAGGAGGAGGAGGAGACAUUAACAGCAGAUGAAGAUGGGGAGUCCACAAUAAUAUCAGAUGAUGAAGAUGAGGAGGAGGAGGAGACAUUAACAGCAGAUGAAGAUGAGGAGUCCACAAUAAUAUCAGAUGAUGAAGAUGAGGAGGAGGAGGAGACCACAACAGUAGAUGAGGAAGAGGAGGAGGCGAUCACAACUGAAGAUGACGAGCAGGAGGAGGAGAAAUUAACAGCAGAUGAAGAUGAGGAGUCCACAAUAAUAUCAGAUGACGAAGAUGAGGAGACCACAACAGUAGAUGAGGAAGAGGAGGAGGCGAUCACAACUGAAGAUGACGAGCAGGAGGAGGAGACAUUAACAGCAGAUGAAGAUGAGGAGUCCGCAACAACAUCAGAUCACCAAAAUGAGGAGGAGCAGGAGGAGACAAUAAUAACAGUAGAUGAAGAUGGAGAGGAGGAGGAGGAGGAGGAGAGUAAAGACGUCAUCACAGAUGAUGAGGAAGAGCAUGAAGAAGAAGAUGAGGUGGAGCCUCCAAUCCACAAAGUUGACCUUGAGCUGACAUCUGCUGAAACCAACCACAGCCUAACAUCUGCUGAUUAUGAUGAUGUUGACAAAGAAGCGCAGCGUUUCUCCGCAGUUUAUGACCAUAACAAAUAUGGCGACAUGAUGGAUGACGCCGAUGAAAACAACAACAACAGCGAGAGCGGGAAAGUGGAGUCUAAAGGAAGGAGGAAGCUUCACGAACAUCUCCGCAAACAUGACAAAGUUGUGGAAGAGGCUGAGAAAAGAGAGGCACUGAAAGAAGUUAAAGAUAGACUUAAAGAUCUUUUAAAAGAUGAGAAAAAAGACACCAAACUUGAGAAAUCCUUCAAAAACAAAACAACAAGAGAAGAAAAGCCAGUAGAGAAAGUCAAACACACGGUGGCUAAACUUCUUAAGCCAAAGACGGACAAAAGCAAAGACGAAACCUUGAAGAAGCCAACAAAGGAGCCCCAAGCUGAAGCAAAGUCUGUCAAAGAAAAAGCAGACAUAAAAAAGCCUUCUGUGGAGGUGGUUUCCAGAGUUAAGAAGGGAAUGAAGAGAACAACCACAGAAGACAGAAAGUCUCCAAUUGUUCUGAGGAAACCUACCAAAGAGGAGAAAAGAGAGACGGAACCUCUCUUUAAAAAACAAGCCAAGCAAGAGGAAGCAAAACUUGACAAGAAAGAGGUCGAAGAAUCUCUCAAAGAACCUUCUAGAAAAGAGAAGGAAGUCAUGAAAGCUUUGAAAGAAGAGAAGGAUGUCACAGAAACUCCUAAAGACAAGAUAGAGGAGAAGGUAAAAGAAGACAAGAAAGCAAUUAAAGCCAAGGAAAAAGUCAAGAAACAUCUUAAAGAACAACGAGAGGUCGGGGGACCACCGACAGAAGAAGCCAAAGAAGUCAGGAAAUCUCCCAUACAACAACAAGAAGCUGAAGAACCACCCAAAGAAGAAGCCAAAGCCAAGAAAGAAGUCAGGGAACCACUUAAAGACGAGGGGUCGGUUGAGGAAACACCCAACGAAAAAGCCAAAGAGGCGAGAGACAUCAGGAAAGCUCACAGAAAACUGAGAGCCAUCAGGAGAUUAUUCAAAGAAGAGGGCAAAAAACCAUCAAGACAUGUUAGAGAAGCCAAGAAAGUUCCUUUAGAAGUUGAAAAAGCUCUCAAAGAAGAGAACGUCACAGCGGAACAUCCCAAAGAAGAAAUCAAAGUCAAGAAACCUCCAAAAGAGGAGAAACAUCUCAAGAAACUCAUCAAACCAUCAACAGAUGGUAAAGAAGACAAGAAACUUCCUUUCGGAGAAUUUAAGGAAACUCUGGAAGAAGAGAAAGUCAUAAAAGAUCAUCCCAAAGAAGAACUCCAAGUCAAGAAACCUCCCAAAGUGGAGAAAGAAAUUAAGAAACUCAUCAAACCAUCAACAGAUGGUAAAGACGACAAGAAGCUUCCUUUAGCAGAAGUUAAGAAAGCUCUGGGAGAAAAGAAAGUCAUAAAAGAACAUCCCAAAAAAGAAAUCCAAGUCAAGAAACCUCCCAAAGACAAUAAACCUGUCAAACCAGCAAGAGAAACAAAUGUGUCCUUAACGGAACCAAAGUCACCACAAGACCUCAAAGCUGUCAAAGUCAAGAGAGAUGCCAAGCGGGACAUAUUUGUCACAAGACUCUUAAAAGCAGAAGCCAAACAACAAGAAGAAGAUGAGACAAAACCAAAGACAGCAUCCAAAGAUGAGGGAGAAAUGAAGAAACCUCAUGAGAAAGAGAGGGUCAUCAAAACACCUUUCAAAGAUGAUAAAGAAGAUCUCAAGAAACUUCCCACAGAAGAGAAACACGUAAAAGAACUAACCAAAGAAAAGGAGGAGGACACCAGGAAACACCUUAAAGAAGAGAAAGCAAAGACAGAGGACACAAAGGCCUGCAUUCUGGAGAAAGAGGAGAAGAAGCCUCAUGAAGAAGUCAAGAGAUCUCUGAGACAGGACAACAGAUCUUUCUUAAAAGAAACAACCGGAGUAGAGAAAGAACCCAAGAAGCCACCUCACGUGAAAGAAGAGAAGAAACCUGCUAAAGAAGAGAAGAUUCCACCCAAAGAAGAGAAGAAACCACUCAAAGAAAAGGAUAAGAUUCCACCCAAAGAAGAGAAGAAACCUCCUAAAGAAGAGGAUAAGAUUCCACACAAAGAAGAGAAGAAACCUCCUAAAGAAGAGGAGAAGAUUCCACACAAAGAAGACAAGAAGCCUUCGAGAGAAAAGGAGAAGAUUCCACCCGAAGAAGAGAAGAAACCUCUUAAAGAACAGGAAAAGAUUCCACCCAAAAAAGAGAAGAAACCUCCUAAAGAAGAGGAGAAGAUUCUACCCAUAGAAGAUAAGAAACCUUCUAGAGAAAAGGAGAAGAUUCUACCUGCAGCAGAGAAGAAACCUUCUCGACAAAAGGAGAAGAUUCCACCCAAAGAAGAGAAGAAACCUCUUAAAGAAAAGGAGAAGAUUCCACCCAAAGAAGAGAAGAGACCUCUUAAAGAAAAGGAGAAGAUUCCACCCAAAGAAGAGAAGGAACCUCUUAAAGAAAAGGAGAAGAUUCCACCCAAAGAAGAGAAGGAACCUCUUAAAGAAAAGGAGAAGAUUCCACUCAAAGAAGAUAAGAAACCUCUUAAAGAAAAGGAGAAGAUUCCACUCAAAGAAGAGAAGAAACCUCUUAAAGAAAAGGAGAAGAUUCCACUCAAAGAAGAGGUUAGAAAAGCCCGUAAGGAAGAGGGUGAAGAUAAGAAAGUGGUGGAGAAGAAACUUUCCAUCAGGAAAGAAAACCUAAUCAAGAAACCAAUAAAAGAUACAACAGAAUUAAGGAGACCACCUAAAGAUGUUAGACAACCCUUAAGAGAGAAUAAACUGACCAGACCUCCCAAGCAGGAGAAGGAAGAAAAAGAGAAGGAAGAACCCGAAGAGAAGACGUCUACAGAGAAGAAGGAAAUCCCAGGGGAGCCUUCAAUGGAAGAAAAACCCAGUGAAGCAAAGAAAGUAUCAACAAAGAUCCCCAAAGAAGCUGCAGAACCAGUGACAGUACCUACGACACCUCUCAGGACUCAUGGACUUCUCAGAAGGCAUCUCAAAGAAGAAAAGGAAGAAACGGCUGCUGCUUUAAAAGACCAGCCGGAAGAAACACCAGAGAAGACGAAAGAAGACAAAGGACUGAAGAUCAAAGCAACAAAACAACCAAAAAAGGACAAAGAACUCAAGAAAGCAUCCAAACAAGAACCAGAGGAACCUUCAAAGGAAGAAAAGGAUGUUUUAAAACCAUCUAAGAAGGAAGAGAAAGACAGUGAACCGAAGAAGCUGUCCAGGGCGGUCUCUAAAGAAGAUAAAGUGGUCGCCAAAGACAAAACAAGGACCUCUGUCAAAGAGGAGAAAGAGGACAAGCAGACUCCUAAAGAAGAACCUGUGAAGACAGCCACGAGAACCAUAAAGACUGAGAAGACCACCAGAGCGUCCAUUAUGAAGAAGGAACAUGUUAAUGCUACUAAAGCAGCUGAUGUGUCCAAGAGACCUCCAAGGCUGCUGAGAGUGUCCAAAAAGCAAAUAUCCCCCAUCUUGAAAAAGGAACAUAAGAAUGUAACCAAAACAGAGGCCCCGCAGGUUCCUAAGCUAACAGCCAAACCCGAAGCUGCAAAGAAAGAGGCGCCAAAGGAAAAGGUUGGAAUAACUCCUGCCAAGAAAGCUGCUCCAAAGGAAAAGCUCCAACCUGUCAUCACGAAAAAAGAACAAGAGGGUCCUGCAAGAAAUGCCUCUUUGCUGAAGGAACGAGUCAAAAUAGUGCCAAUGAAGAGAGCUGUCACAAGGCCAGUCAAGAAAGUCCAGGACGUUUCGCCCAAGACUUCAGCGGAAGACGUCCAACUGAAGCCAAAAGCAGUUGUGACAAAGAGAGAACCUGCCCCACUUAAGACAAAGCAGGCUACAGCUGCUAAAGAUGCAGUGGCCGCACAUAAAAAUGCCUCUCUCACCAAAGAGAAAGUCACAGUGGUGCCGCUGAAGAAAGAUGCUACAAAGGAAAAGGCCAAAGCUGCUGAUGAAAAGAAAGUGUCUUCUGAAGCCGAGGUCGAUGCAAAGAGGGAAAAGGCCACAUCGCUCCUAAAAACAAAAAAGCAAGAAGCCUCAAAAGAAAACAUCAAGCCUGCAUCAGCGAAAAAAGAUACUGAGCUUGCAAAGGAGGCCAAAGCAGCAGAGAAAGUAGAGGCUGAGCUUGCAAAGGAGGCCAAAGCUGCUGCAGCAAAGAAAGAGGCUGAGCUUGCAAAGGAGGCCAAAGCUGCUGCAGCAAAGAAAGAGGCUGCGCUUGCAAAGGAGGCCAAAGCUGCUGCAGCGAAGAAAGGUAAAACUGUGGAAAAGAAGGCUGCCAAGGAUGAAAAAGUGAAAGAAGACGGAGUUCUUAAAGAGAUACAGGAACCGGUGAAGAAAAACAAAUCAGCAAAAGAGGAGAAAGCCAAAGCAGACUCGGAGGAAUUUCUGAUGGAAGACGAGAUGCCGUACUUCCAGUGUUUCUUCGUGGACGAGGACGAAGCCCAGUUUCCCUUCUACGCCUUCUCACCGCUGCAGAUUUAAAGUAUUGGACGCGCCGUUCCUAUUUGACGUCAGAUUUGGUUGAGCUCUCGUACCAAACAUGUACAGCCAAUGGCAUUCCUUUUUUUAAUUUUGAUUUUUUUUUAUUUUAUUCAAACUCUAAUUUCAUAUUUUUUUGGUUUAUUUUAUACUUGCUGUAACAUCCGUGGAUAUACUGCAUUCACUUUUGGCAUCGCUGAAGCUGUUUUCACCCAACAACUUUUUGGAUGGAAAAAAGUCAGAAGUCGUGUAGAAAGAUGUUUUUCCAUCAACAAUACCAGUCCACACACACACACACACACACACACGCUUUGUCUAUUUUGUUACUGUCCCGUCAUAAGGAAUGACCGUACUACAUCGUUUUUGAGAGCUCCCAAAUAUCGUGAUGGAAAACUACCUGAAAUGUCGACAUUGAACACCGAUGUUGGCGACUCAUUAAAAAUGAACUACUUUCAGUUCAUUUUGACUGUUUCCUUCAUAAAUAGACCAAAGAAGCACUACUGAUGACUACUGACGUAUUUAGAAUAACACCUUAUCAUAAAAAGAUUAAUAUGCUUGAUGAGCUAAUUCUGAACUCCAGUCAGAUUUUGCCUCUUUUAAGCAUGCAUGAGAAACGAGCACCAUGGAAGGUUUCUUUUUCAAAAAAGGCCUCAAUGCCGAAGUAAAGACGUGUUAAAUACGCCACACAGGCACCGCACUUCACGUGAUGGAACUACGGUUGCGAUGGUGUGGCGUCGUGAAGCGGUGCAUUAUUUCUCCCGAGCCAGACUGCACCAGCUUUUGGUUGUAGAGCUUUUUGUAUUGUACUUCCAUAUGUUGCUUGUGUGUAGACAGUUAAAGCAUGGUGAGAUGCUAAUCCUACAUUGACGCACACAUACUGUAAAUCUACUUAUCUUUUUUUUUCAUAACAAGUGGGACACAUCUUGUGUUAAAUAGAGCACGCCAAGCGGCUCAGGCUUGUAUUGUUUUAUUCAAAUGAUUACGAUUGCACGCUGUGCAGACUUACUGUAUGACAACAGAAGAUGAAUAUAUUUCAACGGAGUUCUAUUUUAGUAAAUAUAUUUAUAUUGUUUCACUCCACUUGUGCAAUACAUCAGGUCAAAGCCUGAAAUAUGAAAUCUGCAUGUGUGUGUUACGUGUUCCCAACACUUGAAAUGACAAAUAACAGUAGAUUGCAAGUGAUUGUAAAUACAACAUGACCGCUAUUGGUGGUAUUUGUCAUUGUGCUUGUAUUUGAAAUAAAAAAAGCCAUGCAAGUCUU